CCCCAGACCCCACCGCAGACCCGCAGGAGGCGGCGUGCCAAGAUCACCGGCCGGGAGCGCAAGGCCAUGAGGGUCCUGCCUGUGGUAGUCGGGGCCUUCCUGCUGUGCUGGACGCCCUUCUUCGUGGUGCACAUCACACAGGCGCUGUGUCCUGCCUGCUCCGUGCCCCCGCGGCUGGUUAGCGCGGUCACCUGGCUGGGCUACGUCAACAGCGCCCUCAACCCCGUCAUCUACACUGUCUUCAACGCCGAGUUCCGCAAUGUCUUCCGCAAGGCCCUGCGUGCCUGCUGCUAAGCCGGACCCCCACCCCCACCCCCCGCGGCCUGGGCACCGGCCUGGUGGCCAGGCCUCCGGGACCAAGGAUAUGGGGAGGGCGGUUUUGUACGUUAAUUAAACAAAUUCCUUCCCAAA